UCACGCGUUUGGCUGUUCCUCUCAAGGUAACAACUUCCACAACGAAUUGCCGGAUCUCCAGGAGGAUACGCUUGAGGCUCUGACUGCUCUGCUUAUGGUGCCGGACCGUCAUCUGUUUACAACCGUUCUCUCUCCAACUCCGUUGCCAGUCACGACGUGGUUUGAUUGGGACGAGAAAUCAAGACUGGACUUGUUCAAGAGGCACAUGGUCGUGUUUGCAGUUGGAACUUCUUUAGCAUAUGUUGCUACUGCUUGGAUUGAUAUUCAAGUUCUUGAUUGUGAUGUCCGGAGAUUAAGUUGCCUAGAUGAUGCUUGCUUAAGAACUGUUUUGGCGUAUCUCGUCAAGUUCUUUGCUGUUUUAAUUUCAGCUCAUAUUGAUAUAGCCUUUGAUGCUUUGGUCUUAUGUGUGUUUGUAUUGUAGAGUUGGAUAAUAGAUCUUGUUGGCGUGUCAUCAUUUUCUUCCGGUAGAAAUAACCAUGAGGCCGUUUUUGGAGCAGAAAAAGCAUGAAAGAGUAAGACAAGGAAGAAGAAUUGAAAUCAAAAGAGUUAAUUAAGCCAAGUUUUUUCUUAAAAAUUGUUAUCUGCUUUGUGUUAAUUAUGAUUUUAGGAGGAUGAUGUAAUUUUAUUUUUAAUAAUGUUUUUAGUUUUAUUUGUAAUAUGGUUUUCUUUUAAAUGUAUAAUUUUUAUUACUAAUAGCAGUACCUUCCAAAAAC